GUUGAACCGAAACAACGCAAGUCCGUCGCAUUCAGCGAAGGCGCAGUCAUCAUGGAUACCAACGGUGAAGUCACAGAGGCCCCUCAGGUCGAGAAGCCUACCACGGAGGCUGAGGCUCCGGCCGACAAGUCCGUCGAUGAGGUCACCGAGAUGUUCAAGGGCCUGUCGAAAAAGAAGAAGUCCAAGAAGCCCAAGGAGUCCGAGGGCGGAGAAGGCGACGAGGCCAGCCCCGCCGCCGACGGCGAAUUCGACCCCACGGCCCUGAAGAAGAAGAAGAAGAAGCCCAAGAAGGACACCGGCGAUUUCGAGGCUAAGCUGGCCGAGGCCGGCGCUACCGCCGAGGCUGGCGAGGAGAAGGAGGAGGAGGUGCCCGAGGGCGAUCACGAGGCCGGAACGGGCAUCUGGGCCCACGACGCAUCGCAAGCCAUCCCCUACUCGCUGCUGGUCUCGCGAUUCUUCUCCCUCAUCCAGAGCCACCACCCCGAUCUGCUGUCGAGCGGCGCCAAGUCCUACAAGAUCCCCCCGCCCCAGUGUCUGCGUGAAGGUAACCGUCGUACCAUCUUCGCCAACAUCUCCGACAUCUGCAAGCGUAUGAAGCGUUCCGACGACCACGUCAUGCAGUUCUUGUUCGCCGAAUUGGGUACCAGUGGCAGUGUGGACGGUAGCCGACGUCUGGUUAUCAAGGGUCGUUUCCAGCAGAAGCAGAUUGAGAACGUUCUGCGACGAUACAUCGUCGAAUACGUCACCUGCAAAACCUGCCGCAGCCCCGACACCGAACUCAACAAGGGUGAGAACCGUCUGUACUUCGUUACCUGCAACUCGUGUGGAUCUCGUCGUUCGGUCGCCGCCAUCAAGACCGGUUUCCGUGGACAAGUCGGCCGCAGAAAGAGACAGGGUUAAAUGGGAGAAAAAGAGACGAACGGUGUUAUUGUGGCUGUAUGUUUCUUGGGGAAGAAAAUUGCAAGGAGCCCGGUGGUCAUUAUUCCGUAUUAUUUCCAGUACCUUUUGGCCGUUUACGAUUUUUCUUUUUUCUUUCUCCCUCAUCCUCUGAUCUCGUACAAAGAUUUCGCUUCGUUUUCGUUUUAUCUUUAGCUCGUUUUAUGUGAGUGUCUAUAUUGAAGAUGAAAGGAUGUGUCAUGUGUGGGGUACGAUGAGGACGGGAACGAGAAAAAAAGACUUCGGCCUUGACAUUAAGAAGAGACGAUGUGAAGACAAAUUUAUAGCAUGGCAUGAUAAGUAUAUGACUGUUGGUG